GCCGCUGCCGGGGGCGAGCGUCCUCGGAGAUCCUUUUCGCGGGCGGAGCCGGCCCCGACAAUGGCUUCCUCGAGUCUGGAUCAUCUGAAAAAUGCUUACAGAAGAAGAUUUUGCCUUCCUUCCAGGGCACCUAAGAUUAAUGUGGAACAAGGUCAGGAUAUUUUGGAAAUCUUACAAGACUGUUUUGAAGAAAAAAGUCUUGCCAGUGAUUUUAGCGCAGAUUCUAUUAAAUCGACUUCUCAUUCAACACCCAAAAAAAAAGACAGUUGUCUUCAAUCAACGAACAGAGAGUGCCAGAAAUCACAUCCAGAAUCACUUCCAGUUUCUUCAAGGAAGAAAGAAGACAGUUUUCAAAUAAAGGAACCAAAUAAAGAUGUUAGCAAAUCAGUUCACACUCAUGAAGUUUACCAGAAAAUUCCAACAAAUGAUGGUGUUGGUUUUGAAAAUCCGUAUGACUCGGAACAUGUGUCAGGUGGAGAACAAGAUGACCAUCACAGUGAAUCAGAUGAAGAAUUUUACUUAUCUAUUGGUUCAUCUUUUGUUCUUUUGGAUGAAAAGAUAUCUUCAUCAAAAAAUGCUAAUCCAUCUAAAACCCCAAGGAGAAAGACUUAUACUUCUGAAAAUUCAGUUAAUAUGCUAUCUUCAAGUAAGAAAAGUUCUCUUAAAACCAAAAAAAGGUUAAACUUCGAAGACGACAAUAUUUCGAAGAACAUAGAAAUAGAGGAUAAAGUUUCAGAAGGGCCACGGAGAAAGUCAUCAGGGACAUCUCAGAAAAGAACACAAGCUUCAGACUAUGAAAUGCAAUCACAAGCUAGAAAAAGUUUUUCAGCAUUGUUUUUAGAAAGCGUAAAGAGGAAAACUGAAUCUAGUUCUGUUGUUAGGCAUGCACCACUACAUUCUUCUUCUCCAAAUGAUGUGAACUUGUUGGGAGAUGAAUUUAUAAUUGAUGAAUCAGAGAAAAGUUUGGCCAGUCAAUCUUGGAUUAAGAUACCUGGAAAGGUAAACCUGAUACGAGCAGUAUCCCCUGUUGAGAGCAUCGUAGUCCCCCAAGGAAGGAAAUCAAGAGGACUACUUCACCAUGUAGAAGUUGAGACAUUGACAAAUGAUAAAGCUCACCCAGUAAAGGACACUCUACCCUCUAAAGGAAAGAAAUUGGAACCAUUGUGUUCUUCAGCAGAUGAAAUGGAGUAUAAUUGUAAGUCUACACAAGAUGCAGUGUUUUCUGAGAAUACAGCAAAGUCAUCUGGAAAUAAAAGGACUAUAAAGCAACCGAAAAGAAAAGUCAAAGCCAAUGUAGUUGAAGAACAGCUUGAAAGGGAACAACCUAAUGAUAAAAAUAUAAAUAAGUUGCUUGCUGCCCAACACAAGUCACAAAGAAAUUCAGACCAAAAUAUGGAAGUAGGUGAAGAGAUGAGAAAUGAUCCUACUUCUAAAAAACAGAUAAAAUAUGUAGGAAAAAAGAAAAGCAUCAUCCAUGUUCCUAAUAAAGAAAAUCAGAACAAAGUUAAAGAAACAUUUAAAAACAAGUGCGUUUCAAAGGGACCAAACCAGGAACGUAGAUCUGAAGAAGUAAAUGUAACUGUCACAAAAAGUCAAAGAAUUUCCAGGAAACCAUCAAAAUGGUGGGAGGUAACUCCAGAGUAUAGUCCUGUCAAUAGCAAUGAAUUAUCAUUGCAUCAUGAAAGUGGGAACAAAGCUGCUAACAAAAUAAAUCAGUCAUCUAAGAAUAUUGGGACAGCAACUACUUUCUUGACAAGGCAGAAGACAGCUACUCAAGGCAGUUCAAGAGCAUCUUUUUCAAAUGAUAAAGUGUCUGGAGCUAUCGACUAUGAUAAGUCAUUGCAAAGUAACAAGGAGGAUGUAGCUAAGAAGAAAAAUGUUGAUCAUUCUGGGGCUUUAGAAAGUUCACAGGGUCAUGACAGUUCAAAUAUUCAUCUCAAGUGUCAAACUAGUGAAUAUACAUGGAAGACGGGAACAUAUUUUGAAAAGCUUAAGACUUCCAUUUUAGAAAGAAGUGGCCCUUCCAGGACCCGAAAAUAUAUAAUGUCUGGAAAGAGUAAUUCUGAUAAGGGCAGAAAGGAAGCUAAAAAAAGAGCUGUAUUGCCCUCCAGCUCACCAAAUGUUCGCAGAACCAAACGAAUACGAAUGAGACCUCUAGAAUACUGGCGAGGGGAGAGAAUAGAUUAUCAAGCAAGGCUAUCAGGAGGAUUUGUAGUUGGUGGAAUACUAUCCCCAGACACAAUGCCACAUAAAGGGAAGAAGGCAAAUGGAGACAGAGGACAAUUCAAGGAAAUAAUUAACACGAAAAGGAUAUGCCUUGCUAACGAUGAAAGAAAAAAUAAUUUAGUGGCAAAUCUAAAUGUACCUCUAGGAGAUCCUUUUCAGCCAACAAGGGUAAAGGACCCAGAAACAGAUGCGAGUAUUCUCAUGGAUCUUAUAAGACCACGAGAUACAUGUCAAUUUUUUGUUGACCAUGAAGAGUUGAAAGUAUAUAAAACAUUGGAUACACCUUAUUUUUCUACUGGAAAAUUGGUAUUAGGACCAUGUCAAGAAAAGGGAAUGCAGUUUGUUGGUCUAGACACAUUGGUUUUCUUUGUUUACUCUGGUGACCUUUUGUGUACCUUACAUGAAACACCUUAUCUAAUGAGUACUGGAGAUUCAUUCUAUGUUCCUUCAGGUAACUAUUACAACAUCAUAAAUCUUCUGAAUGAGGACAGUGUUCUUCUUUUUACACAGAUAAAAAGUUGAAAGAUGAAGUAAAGAUUAAACACGUGUGAAUAUGUAUAUAAAAGUUUGUACAGUUGGAACAUUUUGUAUUUGUAAUUAUUUGUGACAUUGUUAAAUAAAAUUUUAUUUAGCUUAAUGAUUACUUAUAUUAGGCAAACAUAUGUCUUGUGAUUUUUUUCCACAAGUAUUCAGCAGCAACCUAGUGCACUGGACCUAUUUGCUUUGAAAAGACCUUUGAAGUUUUUAAUUGCAAAUAUGUUAGUUUGAUGACUAAGGUUCUCAAGUAACAAGCCAGAGUCUCCAGUGAUGUCCAGAUUUAUGGUCCUAUCAUAAUAACAUGUAAGGAAUACCAAAACCACUGUUCCCAAAGAAUAAUAAACAAUUCUAUUUCAGAACAGAUCCAAUUAAUAUGCCCAAUUAUUUAUUUAUUUAAAAUAUAUCAUUAAAUAUUUCAAUAAUAGGGAACUGUGGUAAAUGAUACAUUGAGAAUUUCUUCUUUAUAAUCUUCAUUUUUAAUCUAUAAAUGUAUAUAUAAGCUUUUCAUCAUGUAUAUUUCUGUUCACUUUUAAUGCUGGAGAGUGUGCCCUCUGCUUUUGCUU